AUGGCACCACGACGUGUCAGACCCCGUGGUGAGGAGGCGAUGUCAGACCGGAGCAGGGACCGGUUGGAGGGUGAUGCAGACCCAGAGGAGGUUGAUCCCGGAGAGGAUGACGACGAGGAGUAUGACGAGGAGAACGAGGAGGAGGAGGAGCGGAUUGUCCGUCGCGAGUACGACAGCGCGUUGAUCUGUGCCACUGCGAUCUUGGGAGCUCGAGAGGAUGGUUGGCGCACCCCUAAUGACUACCCACCCAUUUUAUCCAAGCUGAUCAAGCUGGCCCGUUUCAUGGUGGUCCGGAAGGCCAUUGAAUUGAGCGCCGUGCUUAAAGGUAAUGAACUGCAGAGUUCAAUGAAUGAUGCAGACUGGGACAGUACAGAUAGAGGAUCACUGUCCCAUUUCCAUUCCCACACCAACCAGAAAGGCUGUUUGCAGUGGGUGACACAGAUGGUUGACACAUUUAUGAUCCGCGGUUCACAGAGUCCGAUGCAGUGGAUGUUAGAUCUCCGUACAUACGGAUUGAAGAUCCAUUACAACACCACGACGGAGGGCCACGUGGGCUGGCAGAACCACGACGAGCUAUUGUAUAAAGACUUGCAGUUUACCAUGAGCGAGUUUCGAGGCAUGGUGGAUCGGACGACCCGCGAGGCACGGCGGAUCUUGAUUUUGCUGCAAUGUUCACCUGAGGAGGCGCCAGCAAUUCCAUGGGAUCGGCUAUAUGAUAAUCCAGUUAAUGAGGAUUUCUGUUGGAGCUUUUUACAGGAUUCCCACACCACGUGGCCCAUAGAUGGGACGAGCUGGUUAUGGCAGCAUAUUCAGCGUCAUCCCGCACUCCAUUGCAAAUUCAUACACGUGGAUGAACAGAGUAUCCAGCAGGCUGGUGGGAUCCGCAACGUGUUUAUCGAGGACGGGCUCGUGGUGUUGGUGACCAAGUACCACAAGGGUUACCAGAUGAGUGGCAAUGUCAAGAUCAUCCAACGAUACGUGCCCCGUGAGGUGAGGGAGCUAUUGUCAUCGGAACGAUUGCGAUGGAUUUUGAAGUGGGAGAGUGCCAUUGGGUUAGGUGGACGCACGUUGACCACAGCAUUGUAUCGAGAGGUGGCCAUCGCCAUCAGCCAUCGAUUCAUGCGGAACAGCCGUGCGUUUACGCGCAGUGCCGCGGACGAGGCCAAGGCGGACGAGGAGGAGGACGAGAUCAUGGACCACGUUGCGGACGAACAGGCCACCCACAGUCCCAACACCGCCGGCAACAUAUACGCGCGGGAGUGGAUGGAACGAGUGGGAGAAGUGGCGGAGCGACGAUUACGAUUCCAGCAAAGCAGUCAGGAGUGGCAUCAGUUUUUAGAAUUCCCGUCCACCAUGCGGAAGCUGCGCGAGGAUCAGACGACUCCAUUUCAAGACAGUGCCGAGAACCGUCGGGUGGAACAGUGGAAAGCCACCCGAGCCGCUGAUCCCAUCCAGGUGUUGCAGGAGAUGAUGGGCGAGCCAAUCACGUUCCAAGGCAAUCAGUAG